AUCGGCGAGGAACGCCUCAACCCUUGAGUGACAGAGGUGCCUGCUAAUCGCUGGAUCCCUGGCCUCUCUCCGGUCGCUGUUAACAGCAGCAAGGUCAGCGGCAGCUGUCAGCCAGACGUUAGUGAGCAUGUUGGGAGCUCGCCUCAUCUAUAAUGCCGCCAGCCGCGCAGGUCUCCCAUGCUCUCGGACACUGGCCAGGCCUUUCAGUCUGGCACCUCAGAUGAAUUCGUUCAAGUACGUGAACGCCAGAGAGGAGGCGAUGGACAUGAAAUCUAUAACUGACCGGGCGGCCGAGACCAUUCUAUGGACCGAGCUGUUCAGAGGCUUGGGCAUGACGCUCAGUUACUUGUUCCGGGAACCGGCCACUAUUAAUUACCCUUUUGAGAAGGGUCCAUUAAGCCCACGGUUCCGCGGUGAGCACGCACUGCGCAGAUAUCCAUCUGGAGAGGAGCGCUGCAUCGCAUGCAAACUCUGUGAAGCCGUCUGCCCUGCCCAGGCCAUCACGAUUGAGGCAGAGCCACGUGCAGAUGGAAGCCGACGGACAACGAGAUAUGACAUCGACAUGACAAAGUGUAUUUACUGCGGCUUCUGCCAGGAGGCAUGCCCUGUGGAUGCCAUUGUGGAGGGCCCGAAUUUUGAAUUCAGCACAGAAACGCACGAAGAGCUUCUGUACAACAAAGAAAAACUCUUAAACAACGGUGACAAAUGGGAGGCGGAGAUUGGUGCAAAUAUCCAGGCUGACUUUCUCUAUCGCUGAGGGUUUCCCCCAUGCCCCCAGAACAUUCAAAGCUGACUUCCUGCAUGUCUGUGCAGAGGAAGGUCCCAUUCUAGAACCCCACCCCACUAAUUUGGUCACCUUGCAGAGCACCUAUAUUGACUGGGCCGCGAUAAGGACGGAGGAACAUCUGUGGCUCAGCAGCUUCUAAGUUUGCCAUUGCCUGGAAAUAAUGCAAAACUUUGCUCUUUGCCAUUUAGUCAACAGAGAAUUUAUUUUCUGUGAACCGAACCCAUGUUUUCUAUAGAGAGCUAAUGCAGCAAUCCUGUCAUUCACGCAAACACUGGCUGCUGCUCCAUUUAUUGUUUGAUAUUUUAUUCUGUAAACCAGCUUAAAACUAGAGACGAGCGGGUUCGGAUUUACUCGGUUCUUUACGCUAGAAUUAUCGCCAUUUCUUAUUUUCUGGAUUUUUCUUAUUGGCUAACCAAAACACGUGACGUCCAAAAGCCAAUAAGGAGAUUAGGGUAAAACCGAACCCGCUCAUCUCUACUUAAAACCACUCUACCCACUAUAAUGAUGGUAAGGGUCUGGCUUCAUUUGACACGUGGACUAUGGUUUACUAAGCGAGUGUGUGCUAGGCAGGUAAUGGUUCUGUAAAUGUAAGAAAUCUUUUGUGGAAUACUUGGUGACUCCUUAAUGUUUAACCCUGCAAGGUACAGUUCAUUCUGUCUGUAUCUGCUGCAUAGGAUUCUGGGAGUAAAGCUUUGUACGGCUCCGGCAUCAGCAUUGCAUAUUUGUGCCUCUGCUACAUUAAUGUAUUUCAUAAUAAAAUCUGAUUUUUGUUUGAAUGGAAA